GAGAUGGCGGAGGCUGCAGUGGAAUUUUUGUUGGAGCAAGUGAAGGACGCGUUGAAGCAGUUGAAGAGCGACCUGGCUUUACUCAAGGGUUUCCUCAAGCAGAUGGCGGAGAAGAAGCAAAAGGAAGAUCCGUUGAUUUUACUGGAGAGGCAGAUGAGGGAUGCGGUUUACAUGGCGGAGGACACCAUAGACACAUGCUCGAUCAACGCUAUCGCCAACAAAUCCAUCCACAAGAAUGUCAGACUCGCCAAGGAGGUGAAAUCUAUUAGAGAAGACAGAAUCAAACCAUUGCUUGAUAAGUUUGCUACACUUGAUUUCAAAUCUGGAGGCGUCCAGGAUUCAUUGGCCGAUUCAAAAGGCCGGGAUACACCAAUCAGGCAAAACAAAGUAGUAGGAUUUGACAAGGAGGAAGCUACCAUUACUGGCUAUCUCAAGGAAAAAACAGAUAAGCUCGACGUUAUCUCCAUCGUGGGCAUGCCUGGACUAGGGAAGACUACAUUGGCACGGAAGAUUUAUCAGAGCAAUGAAAUCGGUUAUCAUUUCCCCAUUCGUAUUUGGGUUAACAUCUCUCAAGUGUUCGACAACAGGGAUGUGUUCCUCCAAAUCCUGAAAAAAUUCUUCCCUAGCCGAGACACGUCCAGCCUCAACUUGAACGACUUGGUUCAAACAGUUCGUGCGUGUUUAAAAAAAGAGAAAUUCUUGUUAGUCUUGGACGACGUGUGGAGUGUAGUUGCAUGGAACCAGAUCAAGGAGGUUCUGCCAGUAGACAGUGCGGAGGGUAAAGUCCUCAUCACCACCCGAGAAACAGACGUAGCAGAGAAAUCUAGGGUUUACAAAGCUCCCCACAAUCUGAAGUUCCUACAAUAUGAAGUGUUUGGUUUGGAAGACUGCCCGCCAGAAUUGAGCACCGUUCGAUCCACAGCUGCGAGUGAAUGGGAGACGAUGUCGCAGCGCAUAAGAGAAGUUGUAGAGUUGAGCUACCAAAGGUUGCCUGAUGACUUGAGAGAAUGUUUUGUUUUCUUGGCUGUAUUUCCAGAAGACUAUGAGAUUCCAGCUAAGAUGUUGUGCGGGCUAUGGAUCUCAGAAGGAUUUGUACUUCCCAGAAAUGGAAGAAGCUUGGAGGAAAGCGCUGAAGAUAAUAUGAAUGAUCUCAUUUGCAGGAACUUGUUAAAGGCCGAGAAAAGAAAUCACAUGGGCAAAGUUAAAACGUGCCGGGUUCAUGAUAUGGUACGUGCAUUCUGCAUAAAGAUAUCCAAGGACGAGAAUUUAUGUCACGAGAUUAAAACAUCCAAGACAGGCGCACUUGAAGCUCCAGUUUCUGAGAUAAAAGACUCGCAUCGUCUUUGUUUCCGCUCUGGUCUGUCUAAGUUCCUCGAGGAAAACCCAUGUGGACCACACGUUCGUUCGUUUUUAUGUUUCUACGAGCGGCCUGUCAAGUUGGAGCCACAAUACGUUACAGUUAUACCAGACGGCUUCAAAAAGCUUAGGAUUCUGGAGUCCAGGUGCAUCAUAUUCAACCAAUUUCCAGCAAAGAUUACCAAACUAAUUCAUCUCAGGUACCUCACCCUAUAUAUUGAAACUCUGAAAAUUAUUCCGGAACCAAUCACCCAGCUAUGGAACCUACAAUCCCUUGUAGUCGAGACCAAAACUCGUUCGAUUACAAUGAAAGCAAAUAUCUGGAAUAUGGUGCAGUUGAGGUAUCUAGAGACAAGAGCAGCCAUUGUCCUAGACAGUAAAUGGAGUGGUGAUGCAGGGCAGAACCUUCAUACGUUGAAUAGGUUGUCACCCGAAUCUUGCACGGAGGUCGUCUCCAAAAAGCUUAAAAAUCUCAAGACCUUGGGGAUAUCUGGCAAAGUGGCCACUGUUUUUGAAAAUAAGUUCCUAGAAAAUCUACAUCAUCUAGAAAAGUUGAAGUUGGUGAAUAGUGUAGCUUAUGAACAGACAUCUGAAGAUAAGCUGCACAGUCUCCUUCCACAGAAUCGUUUCCCGCCAUAUCUCAAGAGGCUGACAUUAACUAAUACAUUCCUGGAUUGGCAUCACAUGUCCGUGUUGGCAAUGAUCAAAAGCCUCGAGGCCCUAAAGUUGAAAGACAAUGCAUUCGUUGGACUGCUAUGGAAUCUUGGUCUUGACAGCUUUCCUAAUCUCCAACUCUUGCUCAUUUUCUACACAGAUCUAGUUCUCUGGGAGGCCUCAACCGACUCCUUUCCUAAGCUCAGGAUUCUUGUGGUUAAGAACUGUGAAAACCUCAAAGAAAUUCCAGAGUGUUUGGGAACACAUCUUGAGAAAUUGGAAAUAGAACGCGUUCGCUUCUCUGCAGUUCAGUCUGCCAAGAAAAUCGAGGAAGCAAAGAAGGGAGAACCAAAAGGCAAAUUUGAGGUGCCAUUCAAUUUAAUCGUGGGUCCUGCGUGUGAUACCGAGUGAUCGAGCUGGUAGCUACGCUUAUGACGCAAGUUUUAUUUUUUCGUAUCAGCAAUUUUGAUUCAAAGCAUGUGAAGUGUUUCAAUUUUUGCAAAAGAGUUUCAACAUUCUCUAACAUUUUUGUCUUUAUGCUUUGUGGUUCUGUGCUAUGAUGACUGAACAAUCUAGUUUCACAUCA